AUGGAUGAUGAAAAUGAUGAAGCUCGACUCGGGCUCGGGUUAGGUCUCGGGUCGAGCGAAUGUACGCCCAAAAGGGAUCAUUCGCGGAAGAAUAAACGCGUGUUUUUUCUUGAUCUUUCCAUCCCGCUUCACCCUAGUGAUGAUCAUGGAACCAGUGCUGACGACGACUCGAGCUCGAGUUUGAAAAUCAUCGGAGACGAAAAUGAAAAACAAGGAUGCAAAAAUUACGGCAGCUUCUCCUGCAAAGAUCAGGACGAUGAUUCCAUCAAUUGUUCCAAGGAUUUUAGCAGGAAAAAAUUGAGGCUCACUAGAGAUCAGAUCACCUUGCUUGAAGACAGUUUCAGACAGCACACAACCCUCAAUACGGCUCAGAAACAGACACUGGCAGAAAAAUUGAAUCUCAAACCUAGACAAGUUGAAGUUUGGUUUCAAAACAGAAGAGCAAGGACAAAACUGAAGCAAACAGAGGUAGACCGGGAGUUCUUGAAGAAAAACUGCGAAAGAUUGAGCGAAGAGAACCGGAGAUUGAAGAAAGAGUUGACGGAACUACGAUCAUUGCUGAAGAUAGAAAACCCACCAGCAGCAGCAGCAUCAUCUCCGGGGGGAGGGGGGGCGGGGGCGGCGGAGAAAAGCGGAAAGCGGCUGCGGGUGGCAGCCGGUGGUCCAAGAACCCUAAACCUAAAUGAUGGAGGAUGA